AUGUCCGUCCCAUGUCGGAUGAAGGCUCAGCAAGGAUUCAUCGGGGCCGCAGGGCGGUGCGCCGAGGAACUAUUCUCACAAAUCUACAAUCACAGCUACAAGACAAUCCCCCUACAGCUUCCAGAGAGGCCAACUUACGAAUCCCUUCCACUCGCCUCUUCAAACGAAAUUAAAGGUGCUCCAACAUGUUCCAGUAGAGCCAAUCGGCAGCUGGUUAAAGGGAAUCCUCCAUCGUCUUCUCGUGAGAUCGAUCUUUGA